GAUCACCGAUCCACAGAAAGAGCCAAAGAUCUGUGUCCAAUCACAGCUGAUCACAUGUAAACAGGGAAAUGCCGGUUAUUGGCACUUCUCUCCUCUCGAGCUCAGUGCCACCUGCCAGUGCCCAUCAGUGCCACAUUUCAGUGCUCAUCAGUGCCCAUCUGAGCUGCCUUUCAGUGUCACCCAUCAGGGCCAGUCAGUGCCACCUAUCAAUGCCAGUCAGUGCCACCUAUCAGUGCUGUCAAUCAGUGCCAUUUAGCAGUGCCAGUCAGUGCCGCCUAUCAGUUCCAGUCAGUCCCACCUAUCAGUGUGCAUCAGUGCCACCUAUCAGU